AUGACGAUCAACGAACGGACGACGCUGCUGCCGAAGGAGUACCAGAAGACGUACAGCAUCGCCAUUCCGCAGGACGAUGUGAAUAAUAAUAUCAGCAACAGCACCAACGACGAUGGCGUACUGAGCGUGUACGACAGCUAUGCACUAACAAAGGACGAGCUGAACAAGUACAUUGACGACCCCUGGUGGAUAAAGAUGCGGUACGGAUGCUUUGCUACCUGCUGGAUCGUUUGCCUGAUAGCGCUGGGCAUUUCACUGUACAUAGCGGUCGAUGCGCUCCAACAUGACCUUUGUGGUGCCUCGUUAACCAACAAUGGUACAGCUGCACCAACCACCCCAAGCCCGGACAGCACAACGACGAAUCCUUUCGCAAACGUGGAACCAAGCACGACUGCUUCGAUCGUGUUUGCAUUGCUAAAUCAACCGACCUCGUAA